UGAUAAUCAGGUUUGUCGACAGUGUGUUUGUGUCGCCUGGUUUCAUGUACUUGUCCGAGCUGAAUGAACUGUAGCGUAGGUUAGGGCGUUUGUAUGUGUCGUGCUUUGUGAGUAAAGACGAAAAAAGAAGCAGAAAUACGUCAUUUCUACAUGGCAGCCUCCAGAUUGCCUCCCGCAGCAUUAAGCCUUAAACAGUUUUUACAGCGUCAGAAGGUCCUUUGUUUGUACAGGACAUUGCUGCGAACUAUCCGUCUGGUACCCAAUGAGGCAGAUCGGCAAUACCUGACGAGCUGGGCUAGAGAUGAGUUCAAGAGGAAUAGUGGGGCCAAAGAAGAGGAUACGAUUCGGAUGAUGGUAUCACAAGGCAACUUACAUCUUCAGGAGCUUCAGAGAACUCUUCAGCUAGCGAAGAGUUAGCGGACAAGAGUUACUGAACAUUUUCAAGGAACAAGAUCAUGCCAACUGCGCUAUGAAAAGAACUGUAAUAUAUAUGUCAAUGUGUUGAUCCGGCUACCUUUGCCAGUACACAUUUAUACUGAGAACAUUUUCAAAGGAGUUGUGAUGGGGUGGUGAUUAAAAAUUUACUUGUAUUAAAUAAAACAACUUACUAAAGUACACAAAGAGAAUGUUUAUUUAAAUAAACAGUUUGGCUGAUGAA